ACUAACAGGUUCAUCAACUGCAUUGCACAUACUGCAUUUCACAUAUUGCAUUGCACAUACUGCAUUGCACAUACUGCAUUGCCCAUCGACAGCGAAGAGUAGAAACACAAUGACGGGGUGGAAAAAACCGCCGCUGCUUCCAUCCAGCCGUCGACGACAGCGAAUCCAAGCACGACACCUGGAGGAGGAGCAACAGGUAGGAUCCAUUCUCUACAAUAAUGCAUACGAAUGGCAGAUGGAAUUUUGUCCGGUCGCGAUGGCUCUGGGUCGCACAACAACAACCACAGCAAUUCUCUCUGAUGACAGCCAAAACAGAAACGGUCGGGAACGAGACGGAGGUCUCACAAAUUCGAACACGAACUUAACCGGGAUCAACAACAACGACGACGACGAUUUUGGCGUAUAUCUGGAGGGUGUAUUCGACUCGGUGGCAAUCGCCGCAGCCAAAGCUACCGCAAAAGAUGCCACUAGCAUCAAUUCGCACCACUACGAUCCGACGACAACAAUCUCUCCGCGAUCGGCCACCGACUCCCGAGGCGACGAAACGGAAAUCGAGAACAAUCACGACGACAACUACAACAAUGAUCGCAGACGCCGUGCCACUCCCGAGACGAGGACGGACGAACAGGGGUUCGGGAAUACCACCGAAAGAGGCAGCAACAGUUCGUUCUCGGACGUCCGUUGGCGGCUCUUUCACCCUGUAGAGGAAUCAACCCAAACCAGCACGUCGAAGCAAGGCGACGAGCUAUUUCGAAACACACUCGCCAUCACACUCGGGCACGGAUUGGUGGGUACCAAGCGGUUUGGUCACCCCAAAACAAUUGAGUUCUUUCACGACAACCACACCACCACCCAACAAUACGGUGCUUCUGGCAGCAGCAGCACCACCAACAAUUUUGAGGAGUACCGCUCGGGGCUGGUGUCGAUCGCUGCUGUUCCGAUCGCGGUGGUGACAGGCUGGUUGCUGGUCCUCCUGGCCGUGGUCGUAAACUCAAAACGAACGAAUGCUGCUGACCAAAACUAUGGGGACGAGGUCAGCAGCAGCAAAUACCGAGCCGGACCGCGGGACAAAAUAUCGCUGCUGUCUUCAUCGGUGCCGACCACCAACCGUAUUACUUCGACCGAAUUCGAUCACCGGAACAACAUCUCCGCAAACGACGAGGAGCACGAGAACAAAAACCUUAUUGUAAUGGAGUGCGCCUCGGCUGCAUCCCCCAGGUGGCUGUCCUUUCCGAAAUCGAAAUCAAAACCGGCAGCGAUCGCGAUGCGUACCGUGGCUUCCUUCUUUACCAACACGUCCCUGGCGUCCUUGGCCUCAUCGUCUUCGUCCGAAGGCGAUGGGGUUGGUUACGACGACGAAAACCGCGACUCCGACCAACCUUCUGCUUUGGUUUCGCACCCAUCCCCGAACGACUCCUCGGAACACGGUGUUAAAAAUGUGUACAAGAUUGGGGUGGUAAAGGGGGGGAAGCUCGAUGUCAGUAGUUCCUCCGACCAACUCGGUGGCAAUGUUGUUCUGGCUUGUGACGCAGAAUCUGCCCUGACAGGCAUCACGAGUGGCGUCACGAGCAGUAUCGGUGGCGGCGUUGUGUUCCCCUUGGAAGGAAUGCUGCUUGAUCUUUACGACUUGGUGACCGGUGGCGAAUACGAGGAACACCACAUUGGAGACAAAAGCGCGAUGGACCCCACUGUCUACACCGAAUAUACCGGGGCCAGCGGCUGCAUCGAGCGGCAUUCGUCCUCGCGCUACGCAUGUAGCACCGACGCAUCAAUAACACCAGAAGAAGACGAGAUUCUUCGCGAUUUGCAGCAGCUGGAGGAUGAACGAUAUCACGGGAAUGAUUCUCUGCACACCCUACAAGUCAAUGGUGUUCCUGUGACUGCUUCGAUGAUAUCCUCCAUGCUCACCACGGCGAUGCAGCAACAAAACCAAAACCUCGAAGAAGGGGUUGAAAUCUGGUACAAUGCCCAAGCGGGAACAUUCUUUGCCAGCAGCAACGGCAAAGACGACAGCAGUGGUGACGACAACAAGGACGACAACGGUGGCCACGAAACCGACAAGAGCUUCAACGAAUCCUCCAGCGAUCCUAAAAAGCCCAAAAGCAACCGUUUGAGAUCCCUUUGGCAUCGCAGAAGCAAGGUGCAAACACAGACGCGGACCCAAAAUGAAAACCGACCCGAAACCACGAGCCGUGGCAAGGAACGAGUCGGUCAUUUCGGCAAAGGAACUCAGCUAUAUGGUACCGCAAACCAGGAAUCGUCUUCCUCAGUCCACGAACACGAACAUCGCGCCGAAACGAAGGCCGCUGGAGGGUGUAGAGAUCUGUUACAACCGAACCAUGUUAAGAACCCAAGCCUGGUGGCAGCUUCGCAGCGGUGCAGCCGAAUCGUAUUUCUUGUAGCGGGGUUCUGCGUAGUUGCGAGUUCUUUUUCCAUGACUGUGUUCGGUGCCAAUGUUCUCGCUGAGGCAGUCUCCAAGAGCACCGAUGCACUUGAAGAAAUCCAGGGACUUUCUCUCGAAGGAAUCGAGAUCGUGGAUAACUUUUUCAGGGGAUCCCUUCCCUCUCCCCUCAAAAUGCUACAGGAUAGUGGUAUGCAAAGUACUCUAUACAAUGUGAUGGAAGAGGCAGUAUCGAAACUCUUGCAAACGACAAACGAGGCUUGCAAUUUGAGUGAAUCGAGUGUCGGGGAUCAUCCAUUUGGGGAGGCACUGGAACGAGUUACAGAUCUAUGGAAUGAGCAUCUCGUAGCACAAGACACUUUCAUGGAGACGAACAACGGCGGAGGGUGGGGGAUACUUCAGCAACUGGAGAGCCUACCUGAAGGCCUUCGGCAGGUGCUGGAUCCCGCGAUGAAUCUCCUCGAAGUGAUUGCGGUGAAUCAAUGGAUCGUUCCGUUCCUCCGCGCCCUCAAUGCGUUGCUGGCUGCGUUGUCGCUCUUGCUGAUGACCGAUGCCACGAUGUGUGGACAGAAAUACCGGCGGUGGAUCGUACCACUAUACGCAGCGUUGGUGGUGCUUGCGUUCGUCUCAUGGGUCGCCUUUCUACUUGGAUCCGCAGCCUUCGCCGAUGUCUGCAAGGACAGCCCGGACGGGGAAGCCUUGCAAUUUCUAUUGGCGGAGAAGGAAAGGGUACUGCGCAAUCGAAGCACCGACAGUGCGUCGUGGGAAGGACUUUCGUCACCUCUUUUGUACGACAUGGCCGCGUACUAUGUAGAGAAAUGCCCAUUCGGGGAGGAACCUGCAGAAUGGAAAAAAAUAAUGGGAAUUAGUUGGGAAUUCACCGAAGCACUAUGGGAGGUAGCACAAAUACUGGAUGACCCCGUUAGUCAUUCACUCCUCGACGUUUGUGGUAUCGACUCCGCUGUGUUGGAUUCUGCUACCAGUUCCAUCGUCGACAGUGGUAAAGAUUUGUCGGACUUAUCUUGCAAUUUCUCCACAAUGAUGCUGGACGUUGCCGAUUUCUUUCGAUGCGAGAACUGGUGUGUACCGGGCGGCAGAUCCGAUUUUUAUUCCGAAAAUCUUGAACUGAGUCAUUUUGAAACAGUUGGCACUCACGUCUUCGUUCCUUUUCACAAUCUUUUGAUAUUUUUUCUUUCCAGGUAUCCAUUGUACAAAAAAGGUAAGCAGGCAACGGCCAACAGCAAUCCAAGCAAACCUUUUCUGUAUUUACCGCAUUCGUUUUGUUUUCGUUUCCAACGCUCAAUCAUGAGGCUACGACUUUGUUUUCGUUUCUUUUUUUCUUCCCUUCGACUACUAAGGGGUGCACGAUGCCUUGUGCCACUCGGGGGUAUCUGGAUUCAUGUGGACGGCCAUUACGCAGUCCAUCGUCGUUAUCAUGUCCCUUCUGAUGCUGACCUUUCGGGCGGGAUACUUCGAUGUGGCAGACGCCAUUUCCGGCAGUACCAUCGGCAACGAAGAAGAAGAUCUCAAUCAUCACGAUACCACCAUGAUCAUGGAUCAUUGCGAUUGCGAGUCUGUCUCGCCGGAGAAACAACAUUGUGCUCCUACGGAUUGGGACGAGGAUGAAGCAUUGCAGUGGGGAAACGGUGUAAUUGAAGGAGAUGGAGGAGCCGACAAUUGGAAAAGAACCGACGACAGCAGCAGCCGCAACAGUUUUCGCAUCGGAAUCGACACGCACACCACACAGAUGUUUGAGGGGGAACUCGAUAGCAUGGUGUCACGGGUGACCCCCUCACUACCGACACUGCCAAGGGGGGGCAACAAUCAAUCAUUCCAAUCUCCUUCCAGAUCUCGGCGGCUGUUGCUGCAAAAUUGCGAAUCCUCCUCCUCCAGGCCCCGCCGUUCUGGUUCCAGCAACGUGGAUCACACCGGGAGGAUUCGCGGCAGCACGGGUUGGCAGUAUGCAGAAACGGCAUCAUCGGAAGCCUCGUCGUCCUCGGUGUUUGCCACCAUCGCCCCGUCACCGGAAUGGAACAAGAACGCAACCACCUCCAUGGCUGGGAUGUUCCGUAUCGAUGAACCGAUUCUUCCACCAGCCCCGAGGCGCAACUAUUUUCGCCAUCACAAAUCCGAAAUUUCCGAACAGCACACACGUCGAGUAGACCACGGGAAAACAUCAGCGUCGCGUACCGGCGGGACCUUUGAUGAUCCGGAGGCAUCGGAUGCCAUAAAUGCCUCGGAGGAACUUUCUGAAGAAGUGGUCCGCGUUCAAAAACGAUUGCAGGGAAUCAAAGAGCGACGCGCUAGGCUUGCCGGGCGGUGAACGUCCCACCUGUCGGGAUGGACCAGGACAGAGCCUGGUACCGAACCAAGCGUGUCGCUUGACACUAAAGUAUUACUUCGUACCGGAUCCAAAAUGAGUGCUGCGUGUCCAAGCUUAACUAGAGCAUGCUUUCACAGAAGGAUAUUGAAUUCACCAAACCAAAAAGAAACAUAACUUGCCACAAAGAUUCCUCUGGAAUUUCAAGAACAACAAAAAUCCAUGCAUUUUGAAUUUGAAUUUGUCUUGACGAAAAAAUCUUGGGGUGCCGGAAAACACGAAGCAUCCAACGCGGUCUGUGCGUUGCUCCGCUGUCCCGGCUUCCGACGGAACAAGAACAUUCACUCCCUGCGCUUUUUGCGUCCGCGCGGUUCAACCGUCGGAUCUUUUGCCACCUUCGUCCUCCGGAACAGCGUUUCGGACGAAAAGAACGAACCAAUUCAAUAGUCUCCCGGAGUACCCCGAUGAAAAACAAUUCCGGGAAGAACAUUAGAGAAGGCUACUGUAACAAGAAAGGUUAUGUUGGGAAGAGGGGUGUCCGAUCAAUUUUGUCUUCGGUGUCCAACUUCUCGUCGUUUUGCCGAAGAAUCAUCGUGCCAACACGCACGCCGAGAACUAUCUUUGCACACGCCUCGUACCUUUAGGUACGGUACGGUACGGUACUCGUACGUACCCGUAGCCAGCCCGUAGCUACUCGUACGAUCUCUAACUCGUACCGUAGCAUCUUCCAAUAAGCAUGAUUGAUGCCCAUGAAUAGUUCCUAUUUUACCGUAAGAACUCGUACGACCAGUACUACAGCACCUGGUAAACAACACGAGACAUCGUAACUUUAUUCCUACUGAUAGACAUUGGAACAAAAACAACUUACCGGUAACUUCAUAUCUUCGAGAGGAGAGGGAGCUGGUAACAGAAACCAUCACGGAUAACAGUAUUCGCACGGGUACAAGUAUCCCAGUGCAACCAGCGAUCGUGAAUUCCAUCUGGAAUACCGGACGAACAUACUACCGAAUACCAUACUACCAUACUGUUUAUUUAACUCUCCAGUGGCCAGAUGCGUUUUUUUCUCUUGCUGGUCGGAAUCCUUUGUUCGCUUUCCACUCCGUCCUGGUUGGUGGAAGGGUUUGGGCAGCAACAGCGGCUUCCGCAAACAACGCUGGCUCGAAGCAGCGUCGGAAACACGCAGGUCUUUCUGGGCCCCCCCAAGAUCGAUGAGUGGGAAAUCCUUAGAUCGGGCGCCGUUCGGGGAACCGUUUCCAACCACCCGGAACUCCCCGAUGGAUACGAAAUCACGACGUCGCCGCUGGAGACCAAGCCAGUGGCCAUCAAGGACAACACCGUAGUGGUGACCCUGUCCGGAAGCAAGUACCGGCUGCUAAAGGGGAUCAAAACAGCUGCAUCCAAGGAUGCGAAAGCGGCACCAGCCACACCGAGGUCCACGAUGUCUCUGUUUGGUGGGACAGCGAAGAAGGAACCCAAGCCGGCACCCGCGGCGGCCAAGGCAAAACCAAAACCAAAACCCAGGGCAGCGAAGCCCGCACCGGUGGCCAAGGCAAAGCCGAAACCAACACCCAAAGCCAAGCCGGCACCGAAGGCUCCCGUGAAACAAGCGCCAAAGGCGAAGGCCGCUCCGGCAGUCGACUACAACCUGAACGGCAAAGUCGUCGGCGGAAAGGGAAAGUGUGCCUACCUGCUCGUCGGAACCCAGAUCCGUUCCUCCUCUAAGCGCAGCCAGAUUUUCUACGCCUACGAGGCCGACUCCGACGGGGUCACCCCCACCGGACCCCGUCUGACGGUAAAAUUGGCAAACAGCAGGGAACGACUCGCUGCCGAGAGCAGAAACUACGACCGUGUCUUUUCGAGGGGCCGCGUGGCCUUUUCCCUGCAGGGAAGCGCGUCUUGCUUCGUGAAAAAGGUCGCCCUCAUCGAGAAUGCCGACGACUCCCCCCUCACCAAGGGCAUCCCCCGCGGAUCUUCGGCCCUGGUCCUGGAAUCGGGCGACCAGAACCUCCGGACCCGCGCGCUCGAAUCCGGGGGGGGCCUCAAGGGCGGGGACCUGCGAAAGGCGGCCGUCAACGUUUGCCGGUGCGUCGAGUCGAUGCACUCGAGCGGGCUGGUCUGGACCGACCUCAAGGCGGAGAACUUUGUCGUCCUGGCCGGCAGCGGCGAGGUGAGGGGCAUCGACCUGGAAUCCGCCGUCGACGUCCGAUCGGCCCCGGCGGACUACUCCCCCGAGGCGUGCCCACCGGAAUUCGCCGCCGCCGAAAAGGCCAACCGGGGGUACGAAUUCGAGUGCCUCAAGAACUACGACACGUGGUCGCUGGGGAUGCUCCUGUACGAGCUCGCCACCGGGAACAACUACUUUAUGGGGAAAUCGGAGGACCUGAUCACGAGGAACCUGGCGACGCUGGAGCUGGUCGACGAAUCGACCGGAAGGGUAAAGGGCCUCGAUGCGAUCCCCGACAAAAACCUGCAAGACCUGGUAGACCAGUGCCUGAGCGUCGACCCGGGGAAGCGCCCGUCGAUUGGACAGAUUUUGUUGCACCCCUACUUUUUGACGACGGGGUUCGGGCCGAUCACCUUUUGAAGCAAGGACGAAAACGAAAUAAUCAGUCGAGUCGUGU